CAUUUUCUUUAUAUCCGGUAUUUUUUUAUAUCUUUACUGCUUUAAUGCAUAGUGUAAUAAUUUAAUCUGUAUGCAAGACACACAUUUCAUUGUGGCUCGACAAUUGUGGCAAUGGUCCUUUAUUUUUGCUCAGGCUCCGCUGAGGACAGCGCAGCCGGCUGAGGACCCCUCCCCGGGCUGCAGGGGAAGACGGGCCGACGGGCCAUGGCGAGCGUGGUAUUCCUGCACCCCGACCUGGGCAUCGGCGGGGCCGAGCGGCUGGUGCUGGACGCGGCGCUGGCGUUGCGCCGCCGCGGCUGCCAGGUGCAGAUCUGGACGGCUCACCACGACCCGGCGCGCUGCUUCAGCGAGAGCCUGGAGCCGGAGCUGCGGGUACGGUGCGCCGGGGACUGGCUGCCCCGCAGCGUGCUGGGCCGCGGGCACGCCGUCUGCGCCGUGCUGCGGAUGCUCUUCGUCGCCUUCUACCUGGUCUUCCUGAGCGGCGAGCAGUUCGAUGUGGUCUUCUGCGACCAGGUCUCGGCCUGCCUGCCCGUCCUCAAGUUGUGCCGGUGCCCGAAGCGGCUCUUUUUCUACUGCCACUUCCCCGACCUGCUGCUGACCCAGAGGCGGACCACAGUCAAGCGGCUGUACCGGCGGCCCCUCGACUGGCUGGAGGAGGCCACCACCGGCCUGGCGGACCAGAUAGUCGUCAACAGUAAGUUCACGGCCGGCGUCUUCAAGCGCACCUUCAAAUCGCUGUCUCACCUGGAGCUCGACGUGCUGUACCCGUCGCUGAACUUCCCCGCUUUGGACCGGGAGCCCACGGGCUUCGACACCCCGCCGCUCCCUGAUAAGGAGCUCAUUUUCCUCUCCAUCAACCGGUUCGAGCGGAAGAAGAACCUGGCUCUGGGCCUGGAGGCCUUGCACGCCUUGCGCGCCAGGUUGGCCUGGGCCGACUGGCAGAAGGUGCACCUUGUCCUGGCCGGGGGCUACGACAAGAGGCUGGAGGAGAACGUGCAAUAUCACAGCGAGUUGCGAGAACUGGCGGGCCGGCUGGAGCUGACCGACAAUGUGACUUUCGUCAGGUCCUUCUCGGACGAUCAGAAGGUUUGGCUUCUUCGCCGCUGCUGCUGCGUGUUGUACACCCCAGACAACGAGCACUUCGGCAUUGUGCCGCUGGAGGCCAUGUACACCCGGCGCCCGGUCAUCGCCGCCAAUUCGGGAGGGCCUCUGGAGUCGAUCCAGGACCGGGUCACCGGCUUCCUCUGUGAGCCGUCACCCAGCUGCUUCGCUGAAGCCAUGGAGAAAAUUGUCAGGACACCUGAAUUACGGGCAAAGAUGGGAGCUGCAGGCAGAACUCGAGUACUACAAACAUUUUCUACAGAUGCCUUCGAAGAACAGUUAUAUCGCUAUAUAUGCAAUUUAGCAUAAUGAAACACUGGAAUGUAAUUGCGGUGUUAUUGUAGUCGCAAAGGCGAAAUCAGACACACUGAUUGGAAACAAUAUUCCUUUCAAUAGCUGGCGCAGGUAAAUUACAAUAAUUGGCAGGAUAGUUUGGGGUUCUCGUUACGGGUUAAGGUGAAAUGAACAGUAGCGGAAAUGGCCAGCAAAAGGGCAGGUGGAAUUUCGGACCAGGGAAAAAGGGUAUCGCAGAAAGAAUGGGAUCCGACUUGGAGAUGAGAUGAGGGGAUGCUUUGGACUUGGCAGAAAUGGCGGAAAUUUAACUGGCAACAUGAAAAGUUCUUCAUGCAAACAAUUAACUAUUUUAAAAAUAGCUGACAUUUUGUGAGCUAAAAUAAUAAGUGUACUGCAAUGGUAUUUUGUCGUUACUUUGAAAUGUCAAAUGCAAUGUUACAUAAUUUCUUUUCAUUACCACAACCUCACAUUCUUCAUUUCAUUUAAAAUUCAGUCACCCCACUGUUUACUUUGUGUGAUUUACAUGCUGGCCCAUUGUAUUCUUCCAACUUUAGAUUUACUUCAAUGACUUGGGUUGUUGCCAGAGCAUGUCAACAUUUUAUCUUUGCCAGUUAUCCCUUCAUCCAGUAGAGCUGGUUGCAUUGCUUUUCCAAUCAGUGAAGCUCUGCGGCUUAUUCAUUUUUGUUAUUCGGUACUGUUGAAGUCCUCUUAUCUAAAUCCUUAUAUUGGUUGAGGUGAUCUGGCUCCCAGCUGUUCUUGUUGAAUGCUGUUGGCAUACCUUUGCCUUCAUUGUUUGUUAGUCAAGCAUGACCUGCUGAUUUGAAUGAUUUAGAUGCAUUUUCUGGUGGAACCAUUUCUAUUGCUGCGUUUUUGAAAGGCUCCUUUCUAAAGAGACAGUAAUGUUAACGGAUACAUGGAAUAUCUACAAACCGUUUGUUUUGGAAGUUAGUUUAACAUUAACCUUAUUACAGUUGUAGUUUCUUUUGAAUGCAAAUCAAAAUAAAAUUGUAAUGACUGAAAAUAUAUUUCUAUUAAUAAAUACUUGUUUCAAAAGCCUUUUGCCAUCAGACCAACAGAGAGAGAUUAGUGAAAUUGUUUGUAUUUCACUCAAUUGAAACAAAAAUCAACAACAGUGUCUUACUUUGAACCAAACAAUUGUUUGAAAAUUGACUUGUAGUAUGUUGGUCUUUACAACUGCAUUCCUACUUAUCAUUAACAGUACAAUAUGUUCAUGAGUAAUUAGACUGGUAAUCUUAGAUGUUCCAUUUCUCUCUGGAUUGACAAUUCCUGCUUUUUAAAUAAUUUCAUGUGUAGUCAGUGAGUUAACUUUGAAUCCACUAUUUCUGAAUCAUAUAGGACCAAACACUUCAAUUAUUAAGUGCAAAACUAAAUAAAAGCUACAAGGAUUAUAAAUGUUAUCUUUAGUAAAUCUGUGAAAUUAAUGCUCAAGGCUAAAUGGGAUUUGUUGAAAAUUAAAAGCAAUAAAUUAAUUUUAACCUUC